AGGCUUUUCGGCCAUAUUGAGCUGAAAUGGCGUCGCCUCAUGGAAUUAAUACCCCAGAGACUAAACACGAAUUUUCUAUAGAAGUCUUAUUGAAAGAGCCAUUCAAGGAAACAAAAAAGCUGUCGGAAAGCUGUCAUAAAUCUCAAGAAUCGAUGAAUGGAGAUCUUUUAAUAAACACCGAAAAGCAACACGCAAAGAUUCAAAACAAACAUCCACGGAAUUAUUUCACAGAACCCCCAUCGAUUGAAUGUUGUGUCCGAGAGAACCAAGGAUUGCCACCACAUCCACGCGCAAAUCAGUACCCAGCCCAUUUCUGCAAGGCAAUGGUGGCCUACUGUGAAGAUCCGUAUUGGACAGAACGCACAGUGCCACUUCCGCCAGGGCUUGUUGUACCACGUCGCCCUCUAGACUACUACAAUAUCAUACCAAACUUGUCGCCACCACCAGAGGAUUUCAAUUGGAUUCCUCCUAAUGAGCCUCCUCCAAUUGAAAUACCAAAAGAAGCUUAUGAGUUGUUUUAUGAAAGAAGGAAAAUAUAUUUUGAAAAUCUUCACAAAAACCGGAAAACUGAGUCGGCAAAGAUUCGCAAACAAGGUGAUGGUCCUAGUUUACAAUGAAAUAAACAAACUGUGAAUACUUUUCAUUCCGAAUAACCUUUAAAAUAACUUGAUAAUAACUGAACCUCUAAUCAAUUCAGAACUUCUGUUGAAACCGAUUUUGGUAUUUUCCUCUGUAAAAAACAUUUGCUUCAAUAAAAAAUGUAAACUAUUCGAUUGAUAAUGUAAAUGUAUUUUAUAACAAAUGAUUAUCAUACAUACUUCCUUAAUUUUAUAUGUUCACUUCUUUUGAGAAAUGAUAAAUUGUGAAUAAAAUUGUAUUGCUG